CUUUGUCACUUUGUGUACGCCAUAAUUUGUGUUCACCGGUGCAAAUAAGUAAAUUAGCAACGUUGUGAGAAGUAUAAACUGUAGACCGUUUAUAGAGGAUUCGGGAGUGUAGAAAUCACCGAUAUUGUGUUUCAUACAACAAGGUGUAAUCGCAAUUCACCAAAAUGACGAUCGGAAAGAACAACAAAAUGCUUCAGCAUAUAAACUUUAGAGUUAGAAUAAUACUACAAGACUCCAGAACGUUCAUUGGUACCUUCAAAGCGUUCGACAAGCAUAUGAACCUGAUCCUUGGUGAUUGCGAAGAGUUCAGAAGAAUAAAACCAAAGAAUACCAAACAACCCGAACGCGAAGAGAAAAGAAUUCUGGGCUUUGUCCUUCUACGAGGCGAGAACAUUGUCUCUCUUACAGUAGAAGGUCCCCCUCCUCCAGAAGAAGGCUUACCUCGUGUUCCAAUUCCCGGUGCUGCUCCGGGCCCAGGAAUGGGGCGGGCAGCUGGUCGUGGCAUGCCCGCCAACGUCUCAGGGGUACCUGCUGGCCUGCAAGGUCCGGUUCGAGGUGUUGGCGGCCCUUCCCAACAAAUUAUGACCCCAGGUGGUAGGGGCCAAGUAUCUGCACCGCCCCAAAUGCACCCUGGAGGCCCUCCUCGCAUGCCAGUCGGCGGGCCGCCACCUGGUAUGAUGGGUCCACCGCCAGGAAUGAUGGGAAUGCCUCCUGGAAUGCCACCGAUGGGUCGUGGCGGUCCGCCAAUGGGCCCUCCUGGAAUGCGGGGACCACCUCCUGGGAUGAUGCGAGGUGGCCCACCUCCACGUCCGUAUUGAGAUCAUGUUUGAAUCUAUGAUAUUUGGAUUCUUGGAAAAAUAUGAUUAUGAUAAAUAAAGAACUAAUACCUUUCUACUAUGGA